GGCGGAUCCCGGCAAUUUUAUAUUACUACUACUACUUGUGUCGUCCAGUUCUACCCAGCUCGGCGCCCAAUUCGUCUUCGCCUUCUCCACCGAUCGCGCGAUCGAGAUGGUUUCAACGCUUGCCGAGCUGCUUUCGUGAGUCCUAAGCAACGCCGCGCCGGCGACGACUUGAUAAUUCAGUAAUCCCGGUGGCUCGGCGGCUUCCGUUGCCGAUGGCAUUGGGGCUGCCGCUGCUGCUGGUGGUGGUGGUCGUCGCCGCGAGCUCCCGGGCGGGCCUCGCGGACCCCGCCCCCGCCGCGGUGAGCGCGCUGCCGGGGCUCCCGGUCGCCGGGCUCGCCGUCGGGUUCUACAACGCGUCGUGCCCGGAGGUGGAGGAUCUGGUCCUCGCCGAGAUGCGCGCCAUCGUCGCCAAGGACAGGACCCUCGGCCCCGCGCUGCUGCGGUUCAUGUUCCACGACUGCCUCGUCAGGGGUUGCGACGCGUCGAUCAUGCUCGAGUCGCGGAGCAAGAAGGGGGAGCAGGACGCCGUCCCGAGCUACGGCCUCCGCGGCUACGAGGAGGUCGAACGGAUCAAGGCCAAGGUGGAGGAGGCGUGCCCGCUCACCGUGUCGUGCGCGGACAUCAUCGCCUUGGCGGCCCGGGACGCCGUGUACCUGAGCAACGGGCCGCGCUACGCCGUGGAGACCGGGCGCCGGGACGGCAAGGUGUCGGCCAAGUCCGACGCCGACAACGACCUCCCGCCGCCCUUCUCCAACAUCGUCGACCUCAAGACAUACUUCAGCGUCAAGGGCUUGGGCUGGAAGGACCUCGUCGUCCUAUCAGGGAGCCACACGAUCGGGAGUGCGCAGUGCUCGUCGUUCGCGUCGGACCGCCUCUACAACUACAGCGGGAGAGGGGUGCAGGACCCGUCGCUGAACAAGACGUUCGCGGCGGGGCUGCGGGAGGCGUGCGAGGCCGGGCGCGAGAACGACACCACCCCGGUGUACAUGGACUCCACCACCCCCUACGACUUCGACCUGGGCUACUACCGCGACGUGCUCAGCAACACGAGCCUGUUCCUCUCCGACAAGGCGCUCAUGGACGACCGGUGGACCAGGACGUACGUGGAGCGGAUGGCCGCCGCGGCGUCGCCCGACGAGUUCUUCGACGACUACGCGGUCGCCAUGACCAACAUGGGCAGGCUCGAGGUGCUCACGGGCGAUAACGGAGAGAUCAGGAAGACCUGCACCUCGUACGUUGACUAGAAGCGAAGCGAAGCGAAGCCAAGGUAGAGGAGGCUAGGCUAGCGAUUGGUUGGUUGGUGGGCCGUGAGCUGGUCCUGCGACGACGUGCAAGUGGUGGAUGCAUCGUCACGUGGCGACGGCAGCAUGGGAGCCAACCAACCAGGAUGCACUUGCGGUAUCCUAUUCGUUGGGGUUGGGGUGGUUAGAGAAUUGACGUCGCCAUGAUGCGGAACUAUGCAUUAUUCUUGCCGCCGAAAAAGAAAUUAAUUGUACUUAGGAUGUAAAAAAGUCAGCUGUUUUUGUUCUUCACACUGUUUGCUGAGGUGUGUGGAGACUUGUUUUAUUGCUCGUUCACACGAUGACCAUUGACCAGGUAAAUAUGGCAGCUGAUGUUCCUUUUAUUUCCC